AUGGAUCCCCCGUAUACCACCCCUUCGACCACUCCCACGACAAGAACGACUGAGCCCGUUACUACGACCGCCACCACAACAGAGCCCGCUACAAACAUCACCACAACUACGAUAGAACCUCCCACGACCAUUAUAUCUCCCACGUCCACAACUACAACCGAACCGCCACCAACAACAACUAUUACCACAACCGAGCCGCCGCCGCCAACAACCACCACAACUGAACCUCCACCAACAACCACUCGUACCCACACUACCCGCACUCGAACCACCACCAACCCUACCACUUCCUCAUACACUACAACAACCACCAACUCAGACCCCAUCAACCCCACCACUUCUUCCUCGACAACAACCAGCGAUACAAUCGUGUCCCCAACCCUGCCCCCUAGCAACGAGACUGGCGGCGGCGGGAUCUCAAGCGGGGCGAUCAUCGGAAUUGUACUUGCCGCCCUCCUGGCUUUGAUUGCGGCUUUGAUCAGCGCCUUUCUGAUUAAACGCCGACGCAGGCGCCGAUUCAACCAGACCAGCGAUACGCUCUUCAACCCCGUCAACAAUAAUGCCACCCUCGCCAUGCAGGAGAACCAAAAUUACCAUCCGGCGACUUCUCCUAGGAAAGAUUAUCCUAGUGGUGGUGGGGGUGGGGGUGGAUUGAGGGGUCGUGAGUCUGUCGAGCCGCUGAAUGCCCAGGCGGCCGGUAUUACCAUGCUUGGUAACAACACCAACAACAGGGUCAGUAUUGGAGGAAGUGAUAACUCGGGAUCUUCAGGGCUCCAACAAGACAGUUUGUAUCCUUUUGAGGCCGACCCCGCCAGGUACUACCACAGCGGUACUGGUGUCAACUACGGAGCUCCGACCGAGCCCACUUACUCCCAAUACGGCGGAUGGAACGACCCUGCCUCAUCCUCCGAGUACAACAUGAUGUCCGAUGUUCUUCCCACAGGCGAGUACCAUACCGACCCUGCAGAGGCAGAGGCCUAUGCGCAAUACGAGCAGGAGCAACGAGACAUGUACCUCCACCAAUUAAUGAUGAUGCAGCAGCACGGGCAAGACCAAGGAGAGUAUUAUGACCCACAGACCUCUUCCGAUUACUACUCUUCGUCCGUCUACCCACAGCCUCCUACUUUGAUGGCCCACCCAUCUCAGCUACAGCACCAGUCUCAUCAUCCCCAGUAUGACGAAGACAGGGCGGCUCCUGUGCCUAUGGCCUCGGGUUCUGUAAUGUCGACGCCACUUAUCGCUGCGACCGCCAUGGCCCCCGCCCUUCUCCCGACCCCCACGUCCCCUACCUCUGCAUCCGUCACUUUCCCUGGAACUCAGUCAACCUCGACCGCGACCGCAUCAACCCCAUCCUCCGCAAUCCAUUCCCCCAGUUUAGAACCCCAGUCCGUCCGGCGAUAUUACGAUCUGACCGAGAACGAUGUCGCCUACAACUCCAAGUCUGAGCCUUGGGCAUCACCAAAGCGAAACCCACAAGUCUUGUUCAAUCCUGCUACUGCUGCUUCGUCUUCGUCAGCAGGAGGAGCAAGGACGAGGGAGGCUGCAGCGAGCGAUCAAUCCGAGGUCUUUGUUUCUGGAGACAGCCCCUAUGCGAGCGACGCCAUGACACACCCCAUGUAA